AUGUACAGUGCGCAGCGUGCAGAUGAAGAAAAAGACGAGAAAGAAAGAGAGAGUACUUGGGAGAAUCGAAGCAAAAAAAUAAAGAGCAACGAGAUUAACUACAAUGGCAUAGAGAUAGUAGAUAUUGAUGUGGCAAGUGCUCUGAGCAUUGAAAGAAAGAAAAGCAUUGGUGGGGACAGCUUUAUGAACAGCGAGUAUAUCCUAGAGGAUGCAGAUACAAUUAAAGAAGUAGACUGGUGUUCAUUUUCAUUUUUACCGAUUACCCGGUGGGAAAGCUGGGAGAGUCUACUUUUUGUGAGAUAUAUAUAG